ACAAACACAGCAAUGGCUUAUAACAGAGAAAGUGCUAGAGAAGAUAAAGAUAAGUUCAGAAGAAGCUGGGAUCCAUUUCUAAUAAAACCAGCAGUAGAUGGCGAAGAGAAAACUUCACGAUUUGUUUUAGGACUUAUUAAGAUUAUUUGUACCAUUGUUGGACUAAUGGUUUUCCUUUCUGGAGCUUUAAGCAAGACUUCUCUAUUACUUCUGAUAAUUAUGAAUGGAGAUUAUUCAUUACAUGUUUCAAACAAACCAUUGGGAACCAUCAUUAUUGGAGCAGUGUUGGUAGCACCAAAUGUACUAACGUUACUAAAGAGCCUUUGGAAGGUUUCAUUCACCACUUCUUCAUGCCCUCCUAGAAAAGACUUGUUCAUGGUUUGCAUUAGUCAGAGCUUAGUUGCCCUUGGAACAUCAAUGCUGAUAUUAGUGGCAAUGCCUCACUUCAACAUUAUAAGCAACAUCAUGAUCCUUAACAGUGUCUGCUUGAUUCCUUCACUUAUUCAAAUAAUUGACCAUGUUAAGAGGCCAACUUGGAAAUUGACUAUUCCAAUUUUAUCUGUAGUGUUUCUCAUAGCUGGCUACAUAAUGUUCUUUAUAGGAUAUAUCAACAUGAACCUUCCAAACAUCCUUAUCUACCUCUUAAUCGCAUUGUUUGCAGCAAUUUUUAUAUCCAUAAACUGGAUUAAAUUUGUUACAGAUAUCUUUGACCAGAAGAAUGACUGCAAAAAUAUGUUGUACAUUUUCAGCAGUCUGGUUAGAAUCCUUGUGACUGCAGUUGUUGUAGGAAGCUAUAUUCCAAUUAUUGGGGAUGACUGGUCUAAGAUAAAACUUGCUACGGCUAAGGAACUUCACCUAGUGAUCAGCCUCUUUUGCAUCCAAGCUGGGACUUCUGUAAUUUGUCACUGGUUUGGAGUUGUGGCAUGUAAAAUGCAUUCAGUUCGAAGAAGUUUUGCUUUGCCUCUAGUGACUACUCCCAUUGCUGUUAUUAUUGCAGUUUUUUGCAUUUUUUUUACUUCGGAAGCAGCUAAACAAAGCACUGGUGGGACAGGAUAUUUAAACAUUUCUGUUCUGUGCAACAAAAUUAACGUAAAUGACAGCCUCAGUGUGGCCCAAAAUCUAUUCAUGGAAGUGUCCAAUAAUUUAUGUCAAACAUUGUCUUUCAGCAACGUUUCAAAUCUUGUUAUCAUAGGCCUAGCUGCACUAUGUUGGUACAUUGGGUUCAUCCUUUGCACUAGUCAUGUUUGGAAGUUAAAAUUACAAAGGAUAGAAAGGACAACUCAACUUUUUAUACUCCGUUUAUAUGAAACCGCUUUUAUUGAUCAAUCAAUGUUGCUUAACGUAAGAACUCAACCAAAAGAAACUGAACAAAAUGAAGACAACAGGAGAUCUCAGGACAAAGUCAUGAUCUAUUUGUGCGCAACCAUGUGGCAUGAGACAUUUGAUGAAAUGCUAAAGAUUAUGACAUCAUUGUUCAGAUUGGACAUAUACAAAGCUCUUAAAAACAAGGAAGCUUUUGAUUUUGAAGCACAUAUUUAUUUUGAUGAUGCUUUCACUGAUGUUUCCGAAGACCAAACUGGAAAGAAGACAAGAAGCGUCAACAGCUAUGUAGAAUGUCUUGUGUCUGUGAUUGAGGAAGUGUACAGAGUGUUCACAUAUGAAAAACAAGUAGAAUUUUCUAGGAAAAAUACCACAUACAUCGUACAGCAGAAGAUUAUAGCGACACCUUAUGGCGGUCGGCUGUGCUACACACUUCCACAUGGAAACGUCCUUUAUGUGCAUCUGAAAGAUAAACAGAGAAUCCGACAUAAGAAGAGGUGGUCUCAGAUCAUGUACAUGUAUUACUUGUUGGGAUGGAAGUUAUAUCGGAAAUAUUCAAAUUUAUCAGACACAAAUAUAGAUGAACUGGAGAAAGCAAAAUCAAACACUUAUAUUCUUGCCCUGGAUGGAGAUAUUGACUUUCAGCCAUCAGCUUUAAUGUUUCUGGUGGACAGACUGAAACUGUAUGAAAACGUUGGUGCAGCCUGUGGAAGAAUACACCCGACGGGCACAGGUCCUGUGGUCUGGUAUCAGAAGUUUGAAUACGCUGUGGGCCAUUGGCUGCAUAAGUCCUCAGAGCACGUUUUUGGUUGUGUCCUCUGCAGCCCAGGAUGUUUUACUUUAUUUAAAGCAUCUGCACUUAUGGAUGACAAUGUGCUGAAGAAAUACACCACAAAAGCAACUGAAGCUUCUCAUUAUGUCCAGUAUGAUCAAGGUGAAGAUCGUUGGCUCUGUACAUUGCUACUUCAACAAGGCUGGCGUGUGGAAUAUAACGCUGCAUCUGAUGCCUACACAAAUGCUCCACAAGAAUUUGAAGAAUUUUAUAAUCAACGCAGACGUUGGGGACCAUCUACCAUGGCCAAUACCCUUGACCUACUGCAUACUGGAAGAGAAACAGUAAAGAAAAAUUCAUCCAUCUCAACUCCCUAUAUCAUUUACCAGAUAUUUACUAUGGCGUCAUCAAUACUAGGCCCGGCUACUGUCUGCUUAAUGAUUGCAGGUUCAUUUUCCUUUCUCUUUCACUGGAAUGCGAAUGUCAGUUUAAUAUCAGCAAUAACUCCUCCUGCUGUUUACAUUGGUGUCUGUUAUUUAACAAACACAAAAACCCAAAUAAAGAUUGCUGCAGUGCUCAGUGUGGGAUAUGCUUUUUUGAUGACCGCAACCUUCCUGUGCAUUAUUGGUGACAUGGUUAAACAAGGAACCUUUGCGACACCCACUGGUAUAUUUCUCAUUUCCAUGGCUUUGAUAUACAUUGUAAUAGCUUUACUUCACCCACAGGAAUUCCAUUUACUAAUUUAUGGACUUCUGUACAUUAUUUGUGUACCAAGUGGCUAUCUCCUAUUAACUAUAUAUUCUUUGGUUAACAUGCACAUAGUCUCAUGGGGAACUCGUGAGACUGCCAAACCAAAAGAGGAAAAGAAGGAAGACAUUAAGAAAGUCAGAUAUAGAAAUAAUUGUAAAUGUUUGUGCUGGGACAUAGAGAUAUCAGUUAAUGAGCAAAAUGCUAAAGAGAAUAGUCAAAAACAAGAACAGAAAGAUCAUCUCCAGCCUCUCGCCAUUCAAAGCCGAGAAUAUGAAAAUUACACCAUACAAGGAAGCCACAAAAAUGAUGGUGUGCAGGAAGAUUAUACUUAUGAAGAAAGAUGGAUACAACAAUUACAAUCAAAAUUAAGAUACAAUGUACUGAAUGAAGAACAAUUAGAGGAGGAGGAAGUUUCAUUUUGGAAAAUGCUUAUUAAGGAUUACUUGGAGCCUCUUAAUGAAGAUAAGAAGAAACAAGAAGAAAUUGCAAAAGAUUUAAAGUCCUUAAGGAACAAAGUAACCGUUGUGUUUUUCAUGAUCAAUCUGUUGUGGAUUGUGGCUACUUUCUUUUUGCAAAAAACUGGCUCUACAAUAAACAUACAAAUACCCAAAAUGUUUGUCAAUGGAACCGUUUCAGAUUUAGAAACAUUGCCUGUGGAACCCAUUGGAUUUAUGUUCUUGAUAUCAUUUGCCAUCUUAAUUCUAUUACAGUUUGGCGCACUUCUCUAUCACAGAAUCUAUACUUUGAUUCAUUUCAUUGCUUACCAAGAAACUGAAGGCAAGAUAAAAAGAGAGACAAAGACAGAACACAAGUAAAUUUGGAAAUCGCAGACCUUUUCUCAAAAGGAGCAAUAGAAAAAGUCCCUCACACAAAAGAUGGUUUUCCCAGCAAAAAUUUUCUAGUGAAAAAGAAAAAUGGUACAUUUCAACCUGUGAUAUAUUUGAACCCCCCCAAUUCAUCUAUUUGAUAUCAGCACUUCAAAAUGGAUCCAUCUAUUGAGAGAAUGCACUAUGAAUCAAGACUGUGUUGUUCACUUAGACUUAAAAGAUGCUAAAUCGACUACAUCUAUUCACAUAGAUUUCAGAAAAUGUUUAAAAUUCCUGUGGUAUAAAACCGCAUGGCAAUUCUCUUGUCUCUCCUUUAGACUUUACUCAGAAUCUUGGGUAUUCACUAAACUUAUGAAGCGUGCGGUUGCUUGGUAAAGUCUAAUUGGAAUUUGAUCAUUUUUUUAGGCAAUGGGGUAGAUUUAUGAAGCAGUGGAUGCUGUUUCCGACCCACUCCACUUCUGGUGCGCCUGAAGACAACUGUUAACUCGUCCGCCACCUCUGAGGUGGCAGACAGCAAUCAGCUCAAUAGGAUACGAUUGGGUUGAUUGACACCCCCUGCUAGCGGCUGAUUGGCCGCUAAUGUGCAGGAGUGACAUUGCACAAGCAUUUCACUAGAAAUGCUUUGCAAUGAUAAAUUCCGACAGCGCAUGCUGUCGGCAUUUAUCGAUGUGCGGCAGACACAUUCGUAAAACGGCCCCAAUAUCUUUAUAAUGUGUUAGGAUUGCAAAUUACUGUAUCAACAGCUACAAAUUGUAGUUUCCUUUCAAGAAAAUUUAGAGUUAAAGGGACAGUUCACUGUAAGAUUGUUUUCCCUUAAUGUGUUCCCCAUGACUUGUUAUACCGGCUGAGCAUAUAAAAUGUAUGAAAAAUUGCUAAUUUAUGCUUCUUUUUACAAAAUAAAUAGAUGGAUUUACUCUUUGAAACCACAGCCCAUCAAAAUAGGCUUGGCGUACUGACA